AAUGACUUCAUUAGCUUCUCUAAAAUCUGUCAACAUUUUUAUUACUGGGGCAAACAGAGGGAUUGGUAUUGGAUUGGUAAAGGAAAUCUUAAAACAAGUCAAAGGUGUAAAUAAUUUAUUUGCGGGUUGUCGAAAUCCGGAUGAAGCUAAAGAACUUCAAACUUUAUCCAGUCAAAACCCUUCUGUUAAAAUUGUGAAAAUUGAUGUUUCUUCAGAUGAAAGUAUUCGAGUUGCGGCAGAAAAAAUAGCAAACCAAGUUAAAGACAUUCAUUUGUUAAUAAACAAUGCUGGGAUUUUUGAAAAAGAGAAAGGUUAUUCUAUACACCAACCAAAUCGAGAUAUUUUCCAAAAACAUUUUGAUAUUAAUUCAACUGGGGCAGCUAUAGUUACUUCGAAUUUUUUGCCUCUCCUUUUGACUGCCGCCUCUUCUGGAUUUUCCCCUUUAGUUGUUAAUAUAAGCUCUAUUUUGGGGUGUAUUUCUCGUAUAGUUCCAAUUUCUUCAUUAGAGAACAAAUCUGUUAUUUACGGAAUGAGCAAGGCAGCCCUUAAUUACUACACAAAAGCACUUUCUUUGGAAGAACCCAAACUAAUAACGGUAGCUUUACAUCCUGGCUGGGUUAAAACAGAAAUGGGGGGAGAUAAUGCUCUUUUGUCUAUUGAAGAAGCCUCUUCUGAUAUUGUUAAACGAGUAUGUCUAUUAAAGAAGGAAGAUUCGGGAAAAUUUAUGGAUUCAAAAAUGGAAUUGACGCCUUGA